AUGAGCUAUUCCACAGCAGCGAUCCCCAGAAGAGGAAUUCCAACAGCUAAUUCCAGCGGCUACUUCCAAGAGCUAUAUCCAGAAGGGGGAUCCCGACAGCAAUUCCGAAAACUACUGACACAGGCCUGUUCUAAACUGGGGAACCAACGGCAACCAACCGCGACCAGCAGACCUAAGGACCAACGACCUCUGAAAACCACCAACCCGACCGACACCUCAAGGCCUCAGCCACAUCCUGAGGCCUACAAAUACACACACUACAAGCUAAGCGUGAGUGAGUGUCCUGGCGGUCAAGAUGGCGGCAAAAGUUGGGUUGUGACCAGGAACCAUGUGGCAAGAGCUAAAUGCGCGGGCAGUGACAGCAGAUCAAGUGUGGGCCAGAGCGAUGGCGGUGGAUCAAAAGUGGGCCGGUUCAGUGGCGACAGCGUGCCAAUGAGGCAGCAGCAGUCAGCGGCGAGAGCGGACUGGCGCUGCAGGACUGAUCAUUGCCCACUCCCCAAACUGCAGCUGGACAGAUCCGCUGACUGUGAGCGUCCCAAGCAGACAACUGACUUUGGUGAAACCCCUGGACUAUGCGAGUCUGUGCCCAUGACUGAUGACACGUUAUCUUCUCAGCAAAAUGACUCUGCUUAUGACAGCACUGACCAGGAUGACUGGAAAGAUGGAUGGAAUGAGAAAAGGCGACGUGCAAACUCAAAUUGUUACCAACUAUGGAAGAGCAAUGGAGAGCUGAGAAUGGACAGAAAGCAGAAUGGUAAAAUUGACAUUGACGCUGGAGACUGCACUAUGACUUCUUGUAGCACUGAAUCAAUGGAUGCCACUGAUGAAGCAACCUUGAGAGCCAAGGCCACACCCUCACCUGCACUCACAAUUGAAUGUUAUACUGUAAGGAUAAACAGACGCUGCUCAGAACCAAUAUUAGGUAUCAAUUCGAGCCAAAAAAUGAUCAACCAGCAGGAAUUAUUAGCAAGAAGUCACGAUGAUUGCUCAAUCUCAACUGAUGGCCUGCAUUUUGAUAGCCAACAAAUGGAAAAACAGGUAUCUGAGGAACAUUUUACAAAGUAUCAGUUUAGCAACAGGAUUGCAGACAACCUUAAUGCCAGCUCACAUUCUGAGCUUUCCACUGCAUCCUCCUCGAAGGCCUCUUCCAUUUCCUCAUUGGCUAGUUCAUAUUCAAACCUUUCGGAAAACUCUGUUUUUAUCAUCUCUCCGCUCAUUUCCCCAACUUGUUGCAGUGAGGAGAAUUCCUCCUUUUCAGAAUGUCCAGAAAAACUUCAAACAAAUUCUAUUCAGGAUCCUGAUAAUAAUGCAAAACCUAUGAAAGAAAAAGUCAAGAAACUGCUGAAAAAGACUCAAAGCUGGGGUCCUAUAAGGACAUUUAACACAAACCAGGAAUCUUCCAAGGAAAAUAGUUGGAAAGAAAAAGUUCCCACUUGUGAGACAGUCCAUGAGGACCAAGGCAAUCAGAGCAAUGCUGUCAGGUACAGGGCACGCACAAUUUCAAUUGAUGAGGUUUUUCAGCGAGUUGAUAGCAAAAGACUUUGUAGCCCACCUCCAUAUCAUAAAGCUGUUGAAGAAAAUAAUCCACUUCCCCCUGAUGCUACAAGGAAAGGAAUGACUGUGAAAAACAUGAGAAGGUUGUCUCAAUUGGAAGAAGUCAAGAAACUCUAUUGUCCAGUCAUUGCUGGGAAGAAAACUAGGCCUUAUUCUUUAACAGAGGACCUACUCUAUCCUUCAUGGCAAAAUCAUUGCACAAACCAUUCUGACUCUUGUGCUAAGCAGGCACAACCUAAACCUACUAAUCAGUGUGAAGAUUCACGCAACAAUUUUGAAAACAAUAUGCACCCUACAGGAUUUGAAAAAGCAAAACAGUAUAGGGGGAGAGCCAUGUCUGAAUGCCUAAGAAGAAGCAAGCAUGAACUGUUAUGUAAACAUUUCAGUCAAAACCUUGAGGACUAUGAACAGAUUCAGCAUGCUAAAGAAUCUUAUGUGUAAUAUGGGUAAAAGCUGUAAUUUCUAUGCUGGGGUUCAGUUAAAGCACUAAUACAGUCAAAAAAGCUUUUGGCAUGUUGCAAUGUCCUUAAAUACUGACCUUCAAUUAGUUAAGACUUAUGGCAUAAAAUGGCAUUAUAAUAUGCCAUUAUUUGGGGUUUUUGAAACUCCCUGGGGCAAUUGUAGCCUAAUUUUCCAAAUAAGAAACUAGGAGGGUCAAGUGAAAUCCUGAUUUUAUACCCUACCCAAAUUGGGGCAUUUUCAACCUAUUCUGUCAUUUGGGAUUCUGAUGACACAUUAGCUUUACACUCCAGCUAAGUUUACCCAUUGAAGUCAAUGUAUAAUAUUGGACAAGUUCUAAAAUCAGUGUUCCACUUAAUCUGGUUAAUUUCUUAUUCAGUGAAUUGGUGUGAAAUUGUACUCCGAUCCUGCCACCCGCCCUAUUACUAAUCAUUAGACAAUAUUGAAAUGAAAAUCUAUGUUAUGCAAUUUCAAUAUGAAAUGGUGGAAGGGAUUCAAAGUUGUUGCCAUGACUCAUAUUUAAAGUGAUAUCACUGAUCAUUGUACAUUUUGUGUGACAUCCCUUGUAAAUAUUAUACAUGAAAAUUAUCAGAAUUCUCUGUGUAUGUAAAAUUCUUUGCAAAAAUGUUUAACUUUU